AGAAUUAGGCGCAGAAGACGUGCGCGCUCUGCAUCACCCACGUGCCACAUACUCGGAGCGCAUUUUGGAACGUCUAUCAGCUCCAAGAAACGUAUCAAGACCAUUAUCCAACGGCUUCACACAGUUCAUUUUGCUUUUGCGCUGCUUCCUCUCCCUCAUGCUCUUUCCUGGCGAUUUUUCCAUACCUCUUAUAGAACUUGCUUUCCUUUGUGCCUUUCUUCUUUACGUGAGUUGUCGUCCUUAUCCUAACACACGUAUAAUACCUUCCAGCCCUUGGCCUUUAGCCAGGCUCUUGGUAGUUCGCCCUUCUGGCGGCCAUAAGGUGAUUGGGGUGGGUUUUGCCAUCCCGAAGCCGUCUUGCGUCAAUAUACUCUAGCAGAUUUUCGGAAGUACCGAUGGCAGUACGUGCAGAGGUGGUUGAUUGAUAAACGAGGAUUCAGUUAUCAUCGUCGAGCCAUUUGAGGCCCAUGGGGUGCGUGUCGAAAUGAGUGGCAUACGCAAAGAUGCGAGCGAUGGGCAGGUGGGCUGAAUGGGGGUGCCGGUGAGUAGCAGAUCAUUGGCUCCUGGAGUCGACGUUGAGUAGGCAGACUGAAUUGCAUGGCAAAUACAAAGGCUAGACGUUCGUCUUCACCUUCUUCCAUAUCAACGUUAUCAUCAUCGUCCUCUGAGCUUGUGCUUCAGGGUCAAACGGGGAGAUAUUCCUGUGUCAGGGUCACCUUUCGCAAGCUGAAAUUGUGCGCGCCUCGGCAUCCUUGCCUGGGCAGUGUCAGAGAGAAGAUACACUUUGAUGCUCCCUACGUAGUUGAAUGAUGCAAC